GACCUGCAGCCCAUCCUCUUCUGGCUGUUCCUGUCCAUGUACCUGGUCACAGUGCUUAGGAACCUGCUCAUCAUCCUAGCUAUCAGCACUGACUCUCACCUCCACACCCCCAUGUAUUUCUUCCUCUUCAGCCUGUCCCUUGUCGAUAUCUGUUUCAUCUCUACUACAGUCCCCAAGAUGAUUGUGGACAUCCUAAGUAACAAUAGAGUCAUUUCCUAUGAGGGAUGCCUCACACAGAUGUCUGUGUUUCUCAUUUUUGCAAGUAUGGAUGACAUGCUUCUGAUUGUGAUGGCCUAUGACCGCUUUGUGGCCAUCUGUAACCCCCUGCAUUACACAAUCAUUGUAAACCCACACCGGUGUGUCUUAUUGUUAUUGAUGUCUGUCUUUCUUAGCCUUGUGGAGUCCCAGAUUCACAAUUCCGUUGUUUUACAAAUUACCUGCUUCAAAGAUGUGAAAAUUGCUAAUUUCUUCUGUGAUCCUUCUCAACUCCUUAGCCUUUCAUGUUCUGGUCCUUUAAUGAAAAUGAUAGUAACAUAUAUCGUUGGUAUUAUCUUUGGCUUUUUUCCCAUCACAGGACUCUUUUUCUCUUAUUAUAAAAUUGUUUCCUCCAUUCUAAAAAUCCCAUCAUCUGGAGGCAGGUGCAAAGCCUUUUCUACCUGUAGUUCUCAUCUGUCAGCACUUUGCUUAUUUUAUGGAAGUGGUAUUGGAACAUACCUUGGUUCAGAUGUGUCCUAUUCUCCCAUUAAGGGCAUGGUGGACUCACUGAUGUACACAGUGGUCACCCCGAUGCUGAAUCCCUUCAUCUAUAGCCUGAGGAACAGGGACAUCAGCAGUACACUCAAGAGACUCUACAGCUGUAGAGUUAAAUCCUAA